AUGGUGGUGGUCCAUAGGAAACAUUGGCCGCCGGCCUUCAAGGUCGCCGUCAAGCAUCCAGAGACAGGCCGCCCGUAUCACCCAGGAUCGUGGGAACUCAACCAUAGCGAGGCAGACCGGCUCCUGGUCGAAAAAGCUGGUAGAAGCAACCAUGAGCUCACCGACGAGGAGCGCGACCAGAUCAGAGCCAUGCCGGCCAUGUCUUCGCCGAUUAUUGUGAAAACACUGGCGGAUCCAUCGUCGCUGACCGAGGAGGAACGCUGCCUGGCCAUGGACUGGCCGCCCGAGCAGCAGCGCCGGGCCAACAUUGCAGGCGUCGGCCUUGGUGACAUGGACCCAGACCAAAUCCUCGCCCAGACGGCGGCUGACCCGGGCUGGCUCCGGACGCGCGCUCAAGCCGAACUGAUCGUUAAUCGGUUCAACGUGCGGCCACGCCUGCCGCGCUUGGACUUUUGGGAAUUUCCUUACGAUCAGAGGACAGCCGACAGGCUGGUACAAAAGAAGGACGAUUUUUUUGUAUAUAUGAAGGCGCGCCGCCAGCAAGACCUGCUGACACGUCCAGAUCCGAUUUGGACGGGUGCCAAGGAGAAAGUGACGGAUCUCGAGAACCAGGUCGAAGACAAGAGGGCUUAUGAGCGAUCCCGAGAACAUGGCAUGCACUGUCUCAUUACUACGCCAGAGUGGAUCAGACAGCUGAAACGCGAAGAUGCAACGUUUGGAUUCAACAUUUACAAGACUGCUGAAGUACCAGUUUUGUACGACGAGUUUCUCGCGGCGGAGAGGAAGCGGCCGUCUUCGCGAAUCCUUACCAUGGCAACGGUCGACACGUUUCAGGAGUUGUGGAAGUAUUUCAUGAAUCAAAGAGUAUUUGGGCAGUCGGGAGAGAUCCGCUACAUCAACCUGCUGCUUCGAGGCACUAACCAGGCCGAUCUGGAACGGGAAAACAUGGUUUGGACCACCGGUGAUCUGGAGGCCCCUGCCGCUGAUGCUGCUGCAUUCAAAAAUCAUCACCGGUUGGCUCGAGCGGGUUGGGAAAAUGGUAUUCAUCCAAGAUAUUUCCUUGUCAUGGAUAAGGAAGGAUUUCCACCCAUCAAGCAUGUCAUUUUCCGCCACCGAGCCAUUUUCCCCGAGGUUUGGAUCUACGAUGCAGAGUGGGCGCCACCACCGGGCGUAGAUGGUAUCCACGACGAAGAUGGCUACCAAGGUCGCAUAAGGAUGCGAUACCCAUAUCAUACCUACAUGUAUUUCUACCCCCUGACCUUGGAACCGGGAUUUGACUUGAAGACAUUAUGGAUGGAGCAGGAGGAUAAGUCGAAGCCGUAUCCAUUUCCUUGGACUGAUAUUGGGUAUCAUGACUAUGGGUAUUCGUCUGAAGAGGACGAGGCAUCUUUGGGCCGUUUGUGGUUCGAGGGGAAAUGGUAG